CCUUGAAAGCAGGGAGAAGGCCUCGCUGGCGGUGAGGAGAAAACACUCUCAGUCAUUCCAGAGCAACUUUGAAGCUGUUCAUUCUUUGUCUAUGUUGGAACCGUUUCCUCUCUGCUCCAGUUUCCUGAGGAAGGUGACCUCAGUUCAGUCCCCAACACUGCAUAUGGUCUCCCAAACAGCACCCAGAGUGAACUCUGAGCACGGUCAGGAGUGCGGAUAAAGACCCCCCUCCUCAAAUUAAGGAAGGAAUAAAGUUUUAAUGAAUAAUUUGGAAGCUAAGUAAAUACCAAUAUGAAGCCAUCAAAACGUCAGUUGCCUUCUACCAAUAAGUUUCAAAAUGUACCACCAUCACCAUACAACAAAAAGCCCAACUUAGUGAUAUCAUCUAAACCAAAGGAAAAGCCUUCUGCAAAAGCAGCACUUGAAAAACCUGAAUCAAUGGUCUUAAGAUCUCCACCAACUGGGGAAUCCAUAGUGAGAUAUGCUCUGCCAAUUCCAUCAAGUAAGACAAAGGAGCUAAUUGCUGAAGGUGAAUCGAUUAAGAGAAUUACCCAACGUCUGCAGAUGAUUGUUUCUAGUUUAGAAGAAACUUAUGGAUCUGCCAGUAAAAUGGAUGGCAGACAAGUUUUAAAGCCUGGACAGGAAGAAUUAAGUUUUUCUGUUGGGAAUGAUCUGGCUUCAUUCUUGCAGUGUUGUUCACAAUUUUCAGUUCAGUUAGAAGAAGCAGUUAGAGAAGAACACGUUACUGUAACGUUGGUUACAGACUGCACUUAUCAGUACUUGGAUAGAGAUGAGAGAAACGUGUCCCUUGGGCAGUCCCCUACUAAAUGUCAGAUUGCCAGAAUGGAUCUACAGCUGCUAGAGCAGGACGGUCACAGUCACCAGUGUGAAUGUGGCAUCACAGUCCCAUUGGCUUGGGCAGUGGCUGUGGACUGUGGUCAUGUAUACCCAGACCCUGCUGGCCAGCACGCUGAUCUCCACCGAUCUAGGAUAGGGCUGUGUUUGCCAGUGCCAGCUUUGGAAUGGCAGCUCCAGUCCAUGGUCUGA